AUGGAUUCAAUGGACUCUGCUUUUGGAUUCCAUUUGGACCAGUUGACAGAGCACUUGAAGACCCAACUUCUUGAGCACUAUGAAAGAGAUCUAGCAGCUUGGCGAGGCAGACAAGCAGGUGUCACCGAUGGCGAGGCGUUUUCCGUCACCAAGCCUCGCAUCUUGGGACUGCAGAGGACGGGUGUGAAGGAAGGACUUCAUUUCCUCCGGAGCCCGAAAAGGUUGCUGUGCCGGAUAUCCUCUCCGGACUCGGACUCCGAAGAGGAGUACCCAGCGGUCACAGACAGAAUGGGUCCAAUAGUCCAGCCACGGCUGGCCUCCAAGACAGCUGUCCCGGAAGAGUCUGACUCGCAGGGAACGGCCGAUUCAUUGGAGUUGAAGACCCCGCACCCAACCACGCAUGCAGCAAGGUUUCCGAAGCCGGAGGCAGUCCAUCCCUUCAGUCCACAUACUCCCCAGGAGAAGCCGACAGAGCUGAUGCCUGCAGAUGCCUCAGCCCUGCCGCACAAGCCAGAGAUCGCAGACGACCCACCGCAGGCAGAGGUGGAUGCACCGGAGAAAGCCAAUUCAGAUGCGUCCAGUUCUUUCGAGACUAAGUCCUCUGGGAGCUUCAGCAGUACAUCGACUCCGAAUGAUGAGAUGCCAGAACACCCACCGCCCAACAGGUGCAGAGUCAAAAGGGUGAGCAAUGCUUCCUUCUCGGAGUUUUUCAAGAGGCAGGCUACCGUUACCGACUUGUACUUGUUCAUGCAAGACGAGGACUCAAGUCAGGCGGCGUGGCUGUACUCGAAGUUCAUGAACUACUUCGUGACAGCUGCCAUCAUCUUGACUGUUUGGCAAGCCAGUGCCCAGCCAGUGGUGCCUCGCUUCAUUGAGGGUGUGAUUCAGCUUGGUUUUGAGGGCCUCUUGCUCAUCGAGUUGCUGGCGCACUUCUUCUCUACAAGGAGACCUGAUAGGAUAGCAUUCGUCAAGAAUCCGUACAACAUCAUUGACUUUUUUGCAAUUCUUCCGGCGGCACUGCGAAUCCCAGGAACUUUCGGCAUUGCAGCCCCCACUAAGGAGGACAAUGCACUGGUGCACCAUUUACUGUAUUGUCUGGUUCCUGUCAUGAGGGCGCUCAAGCUGAUCCGUAAAUUUCAGAAGCUGCAGCUCUUGUUUCAUGUUCUGUCUACAACCCUGGACGCAUUGAAAUUGUUGCUGUUUCUGGUUUGCUUGAUUGUGCUGGUCUUUGGAUGUGCUUUCUAUGUGCUGGAGCCGGACACUAUGGAUUCCCUGACCACCUCCAUCUAUCUGUGCACCGUGACAGUAACGACGGUUGGAACCUGCGACAUGAACCCAUCCACUCCGACUGGAAAGAUCAUGGCCGGCUUGCUGUGCUUGACCAGCGUCCUCUUUAUGGCUAUGCCUCUCUCCGUGUUGGGCAAUGCAAUGUCGCAGACCUGGGCGGAUCGGCAUCGAAUCGUCCUCAUCACCCAAGCUCGCCGCAAGCUCAAAAAUCUAGGGUACACUGCUGAGCACAUGCCCAGGCUCUUUUCGAAGUUUGACAAGGACGGGAAUGGUGAGCUGGAGAUGGACGAGUUCUGCGAUCUGGUGGCAAAGAUGCGGAUUGGUAUGAAGCCCUCCGAGGCUUCAGAGCUGUUCCUGGCGUUCGACGAGAACGGGGACGGCGGAAUCACUGAGAUGGAAUUCAUGAAGGCGUUGUACCCUCUGGAUUAUCGCCGGAUCUACCGCAGAGCUUCCGGCGUUUCAUGGGGUGCGUAG